UCAUGCUGCUGCCAGGUCCAGAGUCUGUCAUGGGUCCCUGUACGGCCUCCCAUUGCUGCUGUCUCCAUCGCCACACUCUGCCAUGUGCCACUUUCAGGUCUCCUCACACUGCUGGUGUGUUCAAUUUUUUGACAUAGGGUGCUGGCAGAUUACGGGCCUCCUAUAGCUGCUGCCAGGCCCCUAAUCUGCCAUGGGCCCCUGUACCGCCUCCUCAUGCUGCUGCCAGGCCCGUAAUCUGCCAUGGGCCCCCGUACCGACUCCUCAUGCUGCUGCCAGGCCCGUAAUCUGUCAUGGGCCCCUGUACCGCCUCCUCAUGCUGCUGCCAGGUCCAGAGUGUGUCAUGGGUCCCUGUACGGCCUCCCAUUGCUGCUGUCUCUAUCGCCACACUCUGCCAUGUGCCACUUUCAGGUCUCCUCACACUGCUGGUGGUUUCCAUUUUUGUCAUAGGGUGCUGUAUGGCCUCCCAUUGCUGCUGCCUCCACCGCCACACUGUGGCUCCACACUCUGGUUUUGGCCCCGUGACUGCCCAAAUGAGUGAAGUGUGCGGUGAUUCUAAGAUCGACGGCACUCAUCUGCAUGUCAUACUGACUGACAGAAUUAUUUCUCUUCCCAGCAGACUCCAAGGGCAUUUAAAUUAAAGGUACAGUGUUCUGCACUAAUAUUA